UUUCGCAACUUGCGCUUCUUCGCUUCUAUUUAUUUCUGCACCCAUGCCACAACUCGCUCCCCCUCCAAGGCUCCACACCAACAACAAAAGUCCCCGGUAGCAAAUCGCGUCGAUUUUCAAUAGCGGUGACAUGAAGCGCAGCGCAUCGGAGUUGGCUCUCGAGGAGUUCAUAAGGAGGACGAUAAACGGUCCCGAGUUGAUCGAUACCGGAUUAACCCGUGAUAACGAUGACAAGUAUCAGAUUAACGGAGAGAUUCAGAGUCAUGAGCGAGACAGAGCUGGUUUCGCCGAUGAAGUCGACGGCUAUCUCACCGAUGUGCUCUCCGGUGAUCUUGCCAACUUCGCUCUCAAAAGCCAGGAUAUAAUAAGUUUAUUUUCAGGUUGCGGUGAAAUGACAGAAACCCUUCUCAGUUCUCCCCUCCUCACUAAUUUCAAGAAACCCAGCAUUACAGCAACCAUAGAUUCCCAAUCAUCAAUAUGUGUUAGCAGUCCAGUGUCAGCCAACAAACCAGAAGGUAGGGAUACUCAAGAAAGGAGAGUUACCAGUGGUUCUUCGCAUGAGCAAUCUGAUGAUGAAGAUGUUGAGUUAGAAGCUGGUCCAUGUGAGCAGAGCACGGACCCCACCGAUUUAAAACGUGUAAGAAGGAUGGUUUCCAAUCGGGAGUCUGCUAGGCGAUCAAGAAGAAGAAAACAAGAACAGCUGCAAGAUCUUGAGUUGCAGGUUGAACAACUGAGAGGAGAAAAUAUGUCUUUAUGCAAGCAGCUCACGGAUGCAAAUCAACAGUAUAAUGUUGCGGAUACAAACAAUCGAGUCCUGAAAUCAAAUGUGGAAGCUUUGAGAGCCAAGGUAAAAUUAGCUGAAGAUAUGGUUGCUCGAGGCUCCUUAAACUGCAGUUUGCAUCAAAGUCAUUUAGGUACACCACAACCACUUAAUACCUAUAAUCUGCGCCGGGUUCCAAAUGUGUCACCAACCAUCACUGUCCAUGGAAAUGAUGCCUCGUUUGCUGGAAUGACAGUUUCUGGUCAGAAUUCUGCCAUUGUCCAUGGAGACACCAAUGCUAAUAAUAGUAACAACAUUAAAACUGGAAUCUUGAGUAGUAAUGCUGUAAUCAAUGAAGAUGCAAAUGUACUGUUGUAAAUUUCUCUACACUCUGACAGUGCAUAAAAUGGUAUAGAUCCUGGCCAUGAUAGCAUGAUUGAUUUUGGUAAAAGAUGGCCAGUCUUCAUGAUUGGGGUUUGCAUCCGAGUCCGAGUGCACAGCAAGACAGAGUUCAAUGCAUAUUUAUGUUGAAGGUUGAUGGCUAUAUGGUAAUCUAUUUGGACUUCAAAUGUUGCCAGUU